AGAUGUCCUUGAAAAGCAUCCUUCGUGAUCUGAAGGAAGUGAGGGAUGGACUUGGAGGGAUCUCAAAGCGAAGCUGGUCAAAGUCGUCUCACAUUGCUCCUGAUCAAACCACUCCACCGCCGGAAAACAUCCCGCAGAGCCCGUGGGCUUCUCUGCCGCCGGAAUUGCUCCAUGACAUAAUCCGGAGGGUCGAAGAGAGCGAGACCGCUUGGCCAGCUCGAGCAGCCGUGGUCUCUUGUGCCUCUGUCUGUAAAUCAUGGAGAGGAAUCACAAUGGAGAUUGUUAGAAUCCCUGAGCAGUGUGGGAAACUCACUUUUCCGAUCUCACUGAAACAGCCUGGUCCACGAGACUCUCCUAUUCAAUGCUUUAUCAAGAGGAACAGAGCAACAGCUACAUACAUUCUCUACUACGGCUUGAUGCCUUCUGAGACGGAGAGCGACAAGCUCCUGUUAGCAGCAAGAAGGAUCAGAAGAGCGACGUGCACGGACUUUGUAAUCUCACUCUCUGCAAAAAACUUCUCACGGAGCAGCAGCACUUAUGCUGGCAAACUAAGGUCUGGCUUUUUAGGAACCAAGUUUACAAUAUACGAUAACCAGACAGCAUCAUCCACAGCACAAGCUCAACCUAACAGAAGACUUAACCCUAAGCAAGCAUCACCUAAGUUACCUGCAACAACUAGCCAUACCGCGGGAAACAUAACCUACGAGCUCAAUGUUCUACGCACAAGGGGCCCUAGGAGAAUGCAUUGCGUUAUGGACUCUAUACCACUCUCUUCUGUUAUCGCUGAAGCAGCAUCAGUAGGUAAAGGCAUUAAAGAGGAGGAAGUAGUCUCUUCCUCACCUUCGCCGAAAGGAGAAGCCAGCGCAGAAACGGAGAGAGAGAUCGCUGAUGUUUCUCCAAGCUUGUUGGAUCAGCCGCUGGUUCUGAAAAACAAAUCCCCAAGAUGGCACGAGCAGUUGCAGUGCUGGUGCCUCAACUUCAAAGGGAGAGUGACGGUUGCUUCGGUUAAGAAUUUCCAGCUUGUGGCAGACAUUGAUCCUUCUUUAGAUGCGACGCCUGAAGAACAUGACAGAGUGAUCUUACAGUUUGGGAAGAUCGGCAAGGAUAUAUUCACCAUGGAUUAUCGCUACCCUCUCUCUGCUUUUCAAGCCUUUGCUAUUUGCAUCAGCAGCUUUGACACCAAACCGGCCUGUGAAGGG